AUGACAGUCACCGGCGCGACCACAGCGUCGCUCGCAGCGACGGGGGUCUACAAGCCCCCAAUGCAGUACACUCAAGCACAAGUCCCAGUCAUCGUCACAGUCACUUCAGCGGCAGUCGCAACAGGCACAGCAGCAACGACCGGAGCCGUCGACCCAUCAGUCGUGGCAACAGGCUCGGGCACGGCAGACUAUGCCAGUGCAUACCUAUCAGCACAUAUGAUGAGCACACCGUCAUACCGCUACGCGGUCAUCUUCUGGAUGGUGCUUGCCGGCAUUGCAGUCACGUACGCCGUCGCCCACCACUUGCGCAUCGCAGGCGGUUCCAUUGGAGCAGGGUUCAACAAAUGGGGCAUGCGGCGUGUCACCAUCGGUUCGAAAAAGGGCAGCAGGUCCACCGCACUGCCCAGCAACAGCGUCCUCCUUGUGUCUCUCCUCGUUACCGGCUUGGCCAUUGCCCUCUGCUUUGUCGGCACCGACUACAUUGCCCCCGGUCUCGGUCUGUUCAGCGCCGCAAAGCGCGGCAUGGCCACUAACACGGGCCCAUCGUACUCGAUUGGCAAGUCGAUGUGGUCGACCGCCAGCCGCUUCGGUAUCAUGUCGUUUGCCCUCUUCCCGCUCGUGGUCCUGCUCGCGCUCAAGGCCCCGCCGUUUGCCAUCUUCUCCGUCAAGGUGUUUACUCACCUGUACUCGGACAAGCUCAUGACCUUCCACCGUGUGACCGGUUGGAUCAUCUGGGCCAUGACAACCGCGCACGUUGCGCUGUGGACGGUCCAGCUCUUCCGCGACCAAUACAACGGCAAGGCCGUGUGGUUUACGCUGUUCACCUCGGUUCGCUUCGUCUGCGGCAUUGUCGCCUACUUUUUCCUCUGCCUCCUCAUGGUCCUCAGUGUCCGUCCCAUCCGCCAGAACCGCUACGAGUUCUUCUACUUUUCGCACGUCACCAUUGUCCUCAUCACCAUGGUCGCCUCGGUCCUGCACCACCCGGUGCUUUGGUACUGGAUCGCAGCCGCCGCUGCCCUCUGGGGUGCCGACCGCGUCUGGCGUAUGCUGCGUUACGCCCGCAUCAACUCUGGUGGCAGCCGUACUGCCCGGGGAGGCAAGUCUUACGAAGGCCUUGCGACCGACGACAUUGUGCUCGAAGAGUUCAACGACAAGAUGCUGGGUAUCGAUGACAACCGCGGAUUCCAACAGCAGCAGCAGCGUAAGGCCUCAAACCCCAACGCUGGUUACGGCGACGCCGAGAUUCAACCCGCGGGCACCCCGCGUCGGAACGACAUGUCCCGUGAAUCAAUGACUUCCUUUGGCACGACACCUAACGUGCCCCUGAUUGCUCCGCCACCUGUCGUCCCCGCCGGCUUUGCCCAGGCGCAGCUGCUGCCUUCCCGCAUGGUCCGCCUCACCGUCCGUGUCAAGCGGCCCAUUUCGUGGGCUCCGGGUCAGAGUGUCCUCCUCACCCUUCCCGAGCUUUCGCGCUUCCAGUCGCACCCGUUCACGGUCUGCGGCAACGACCCCGAGGAAAUGGUUCUCAUCAUCAAGGCGCGCAAGGGCCUCACUCGCCAACUGUACGACCUCGUCCGCGAGCGCUCCGAGGCGAGCAUGCAGGCUGCCACCAAGCAAGGUGGCAUGGUCACCAAGGCGGCUCCCGUGUUUGUGCGUGCCAAGAUUGACGGCCCCAUGGGAUCCGCCGGCCGUGUCCGCUGGCGCGACUAUUCGUCCAUUCUCAUCAUUUGCGGUGGCACUGGUGUCAGCUUUGGCAUUGCCGUUUGCGACUUCCUCACCCAGAUGAUGGCUCGUGGCGAGUUUAAGAACAAGACCCGUCGUAUCCGUUUUGUCUGGGUUGCGCGCGAAUAUGCCGAGCUGGCAUGGUGUGCGUCGGCUCUGUGCCGUGCCAGGAAGCUUGUGGGCAACACGGCUCUCAAGAUUGACAUUUACGUCUCCAACGUCGCCCCGCCGCCGCAGGAAUACAACCAAAACUCGCUGGAACCCCCUCGUCCCGCUACAUGGAUCGCUCGUCGUCUCGAGACUCGUGAAGACCCUUACCGCGGCUACCACGACGACUUUGACGUCGAGAUGGAGUAUGCCGGUGCCGGAGCGGCCGACCUCACCAACUUUGCCGACGAGGACAACGUCAAGGACGACGCCGAGGACGAGCUGUCGCGCCACCUGCAGAAGCAGGGUAAGAUGCGCCGUGCUCGCAGCCGCAAGGUCGCCAAGCGUGCCGCCAUGUCCGACGUAGACUCGGCCACCAGCCCGCCCCCCAGGCCCCAGUCGACGCUUUCGCCCCCGAUGCCGUAUGCUCCCCUUGCCGGCGCAGACAGCCGUCCUGGUUCACGUCCUAUUUCGCGCCCUCCAUCGGGCUACUUUAACAAGGACGGCCAGCCUAUGCCGGCCUCUGGCGACAGGCUUGCACCCAACGGCCGCGGCCACUCGCGCGUCACCAGCAUGGCCGCCAGCAGCAUCGCUCCCUCGGUUCGUACCGUUGACACGAACCCGUUCUCGGUCUACGACGAAGAGCACCAGGCAAUGCUCGGCCCCGAUGCCAACGCCGACUACCGUAGCUCGCACCUGCUCGCUCCUGACGCCGACUACCGUGACAGGCGCGCAAGCCACCGCUCAGUCGCCUCGAGCGUGUACGACCGUUACGACCCUUACAACGGCGGUGACGGCCUGGGUCUUGGCCGCCCUGUCAGCUUUGCGCCCAGCUACAUGAACGGCGCGUCUCCCACCGGCAGCGCAGGGCCCUCGCGCUCGCCAUCCAUGGUCUUUGGCGACGACGCCGAGAGCAUGCGCAACGCCAUGUCGGUCCGGUCGCGCACCCAGUCCAUGAUCCUCCUCGAGGACACGGGCAGCAGGGCCGAGGCCGGCAAGAGCAUGUACGAUGCCGGGCCCGGUGCCGGCACCGCCAACGGCGGCUUGCAGGCCGGCAGCCUGUGGAUCGACGAGGCCGACUAUGCGGCCACGUCGGUGCUGUCCGAGAUGGCGCGCGGCGGGCGGCCCAAGCUCGGCGCCAUCUUUGAAGAGGAGCUGCGCGCCGCAGAGGGAUCCAUGAUGGUGGCCGUGUGCGGCCCCACAAAGCUCAACACGGUCGUGCGCAACCUCGUCUCGCGCCACAUCCACCCGGGCACCAUCCUGCGUGGCGACUCGCGCGGCCACGUCGCCAUCUACACCGAAGACUACGAGUCGUAG